AUGAAAUCGCUCCUCGUAGCGCUGUUGCCUCUGCUGGCAGCAGCUUCACCUGUCCUCAACAUUGGCACAAUCCACAAAGAUGCCGCGCCAAUUCUCUCUUCAGUAAAUGCUAAAGAGAUCCCUAACUCGUAUAUCAUCAAGUUCAAGGACCAUGUCAAGCAUGCCGAGGCCAAAGAGCACCACGCUUGGGUCCAGAACUUGCACCUCACUCGCGAGUCUGAGCGUUCAGAGCUCAAGAAGCGUGGCCAGUUCCCGCUGCUGGACGAAGUCUUCAAGGGUUUGAAACAUACUUACAAUAUUGGAGACUUCUUUGGGUACUCUGGUCACUUCGAUGAAGAGACCAUUGAACAGAUUCGAAGACACCCUGAUGUAGAUCAUAUCGAAGUUGACCAAGAGGUCCACACUUUGACCACAGUCAAAGACGACUACGAGACAGACAAAAACUCCCCCUGGGGUCUUGCUCGUAUCUCACACCGCGACAGUCUCUCCUUCGGCACCUAUAACAAGUACCUAUACUCUGCGGAUGGUGGCGAGGGCGUUGAUGUCUACGUCAUCGACACUGGAACAUACAUCAAGCACACCGAUUUCGAAGGACGUGCCCACUGGGGCAAGACAAUUCCAUCUGGCGAUGCCGAUGAGGAUGGCAACGGCCACGGGACGCACUGUUCCGGUACGAUUGCUGGCAAGAAGUAUGGUGUUGCCAAGAAAGCCAACGUAUACGCUGUCAAGGUAUUACGCUCCAACGGAUCCGGAUCUAUGUCGGACGUUGUCAGUGGGGUCGAGUGGGCUGCUGAAGCGCACUUGAAAAAGGUUGAGGAAGCCAAGGCCGGGAAGGUCUCUAAGAAGUGGAAAGGCAGCGCCGCCAACAUGAGUCUUGGUGGCGGCAAGUCUCCAACCCUGGAUCGGGCUGUCAAUGCAGCUGUUGAGAUUGGCAUCCACUUCGCAGUUGCGGCUGGUAACGAUAAUGCCGAUUCUUGCAACUACUCUCCUGCUUCCGCUGAGAAAGCCGUUACUGUGGGUGCAUCCACCCUCGCCGAUGAGCGUGCCUACUUCUCCAACUUUGGCAAGUGCAAUGACAUCUUCGCCCCUGGUCUCAACAUCAAAUCCACUUGGAAUGCUGGUGAGAACAGCACCAACACCAUCUCGGGUACUUCCAUGGCCUCACCUCACAUUGCUGGUCUUUUGGCCUACUACCUCUCUCUCCAGCCCGCUAAGUCCUCUUCUUAUGCGGUUGCUGAGAUUACACCUGCCAAGCUCAAGAAAGACAUCAUUUCUAUUGCUACCAAAGGUGCUCUGUCCGAGGUUCCCAGCAGCACAACGAAUAUCCUCGCUUGGAACGGUGGUGGUUCUUCCAACUACUCUGAUAUUGUCGGCAAAGGAAGCUACACCGUCAAAAGCGACGUUGAGGGGGACACUUUCAUGAUCGCCCUCCCAACUGCCGAGGAGCUCGAGGAGUCAUUUAACAGCGCUAUCGAGCAUGCUCACAGGGAAUCCAACCGUCUCUCUACCAAGUUCUCCAAGCUUGAGAGCAAGAUUGAGGACCUUGUCGAAGAAGAGAUGGAGCAAUUCUUUGAGGAAUUCAAGGAACGCAGAAUCGCUAUGUCCGCUUGA